ACUGUGUCAUUCCCUCUCUCAGUUCUCUCCUCCUCCCACCUUGAGCUUCACAUCGCAUUGACUGACCCAACACUCACUGGAUGAGGAUGUGGGAGAAUAGCCUUCAAAUACAGAGUGUACCUCACAGUAAACCUGCACCUUUCGUUUUAUUUUAUUAAAUCUUUAUCACGACGAUUCGCGUUUUAUGGAUGCAUGCAGAUGUGAACGCGCUGUUUACUUUGACUUCACUUUUUGUUGUGACAUCGCGCGCAUACUGAAUCAAAUCCUAACCCGCUGAGAUUUGCCAGUCUUCUCCAGUCGGGAAAACAUCAAGGAGAAGUGGACACGUUGAAUAAUUUUUAACUACAGAAGCAUCAAUACUCAUUAACAAAGUUUCCAAGAAAUUCACAGACGCACCGAGAAAGAUUUCCUCUUUGCGAAUCCUGUUUCCUCAGCGCAUUCAGAGAAAGAGGGGGGAUCGAAAAAUCAUGGUGGUUUCUAUGGAGAGGGUCAAGAGACCAAAGUUUUACUCCUGUAAGUUGGGUGAGUCGGUUUGAGCUGUAAUAAUCGACGCGUUUUCUCCGAGGGAACAGGAGUUUAGCCACUGCAUUCACGAGACACGGAUUUUUACUGUUUGAAAUAACGACAAGGCUUACAGAGGGAUCAUGACUCCAAAUGAGGACCUGAUCUGUGAGUCUUAGUCCUUCCUAUUCAUUUUGAGAAUGAAAGCGUUCCGGAUGGGGCCGCUGAGGCUAACUCUCCUAGUUCUUCUGAGUGGUGUGUCAUUUGGAGUGGUUGAACUGGAGCCCCUCCCUCAAAACCAGCCUCAGUCUCUCAGUUCCCAUCCAUCUCAACAGAACAUCACCCUGGCAGUCAUCCUGCCUCUACACAACACAGAGUACCCCUGGGCAUGGUCCCGGGUGGGCCCUGCCUUAUUUUGGGCCCUGGACAAGGUGAAUUCUGACCCUAACCUACUGCCAGGCUACCAUCUACAAUUGGUCUUCAAUAGCAGCGAAAACAAAGAAGGAGUGUGUUCGGAUUCAGUGGCUCCUCUUGUGGCCGUGGACCUGAAGUUCUCAUAUAACCCUUGGGCUUUCAUCGGGCCGGGCUGUGACUAUUCGUCCUCACCCGUGGCCCGCUUCACCACGCAUUGGGAGGUUCCGAUGAUCACGGGUGGGGCAAGGGCACUGGGUUUUAAUUUGUACUCGUCUAUCACCAACAUCGGCCCUACCCACAAGAAGCUGGGUGAGUUUGUGCUCAGGAUGCACCAGCAUUUUGGCUGGCACAAACACGCCAUGCUCAUGUUUAGCGAUAAUAAGAAGGAUGACCGGCCGUGCUACUUUGCCGUGGAGGGGCCGUACACACAGAUGCGCGAGGACAACAUCACAGCAGAUGACAUGGUGUUUAAUGAAGAUGAUGAACCCGUCCGUUAUGAAGAGCUUCUCCGGGACAUCAGCCAUAAAGCUCGAGUGGUUUAUGUCUGCUGCAAGUGGGAGACAUUUCGCAAGCUGAUGGUGGAGUUCUGGAGGCGGGGUUUUCCUCAGGAGGAGUACACCUUCUUCUUCAUCGAUCUGUUUGGACGCAGUCUGCAGAGCCAGCCUGCUAAACCAUGGGCACAUGGGGAUGCUGAUGACAAUGCAGCAAAGGAGGCAUUUAAAAGCGUGAAGAUCCUGACCUACAGAGAGCCUCAGAACCCCGAGUACAAAGACUUUGUUUCCAGACUAAAGACAGAUGCCAUGGACAUGUUUAACUUCAGCGUAGAAGAUUCUCUGAUGAAUCUGAUUUCGGGAUCAUUUCAUGAUGGAGUCAUGCUGUAUUCUCAUGCCCUAAACGAGACUCUGGAUCAGUCAGGUGUGAGGCCCCCAGGGGACGUGGUCAAUAAGAAGAUGUGGAAUCGCACAUACCAUGGGGUUACUGGACUCGUUCAGCUAGAUGAGAAUGGCGAUCGGGAGAUUGACUUUGCUCUAUGGGACAUGGCCGACACGAAUACAGGAGUUUAUCAGAUUGUGUCCGUGUAUAAUGGCAGUCAGAAGCAGAUGAUUCCAGAGCCAGGGAUGAAGGUGCACUGGCUGAAGGGAAGUCCGCCUCCAGAUAUCCCUCUGUGUGGCUUCAAAAAUGACAACCCUGCCUGCCUGGCAAAGACGGUCACCAUGCACCAGAUGAUCUCCAUAGUGGUGUGCUUCAUUUUUAUCAUCAUCGUAACGGUCACAGUCUUCAUAUACAGGAAGCUGAAGCUAGAGAAUGAAUUGACCGCUCAACUGUGGCGUGUGCACUGGGAAGACAUCCAGAUGAGUAACAUGGAUAAGGUGCUGCGCAGAACCUGCAGCAAACUCACCAUGUCAUUGAGAGGCUCUAACUAUGGCUCACUGCUGACAAUGGAUGGAAACUUCCAGAUCUAUGCCAAGACUGGCUACUACAAGGGAAACAUAACAGCCAUUAAGUAUGUCAACAAGAAACGCAUUGAGCUCACCAGGAAAGUGCUGUUUGAACUCAAACAUAUGCGAGAUGUUCAGAAUGAGCACCUGACGCGCUUUAUCGGCGCUUGUAUCGACACACCCAACAUCUGCAUCCUUACUGAGUACUGCCCUCGAGGCAGCUUACAGGACCUCAUGGAGAGUGAAGGAAUCACUCUGGACUGGAUGUUCCGCUAUUCUCUGAUCAAUGACAUCGUUAAGGGAAUGGCGUUCAUUCACAACAGCGUCAUAGUCUCCCACGGCAACCUGAAGUCUUCCAACUGCGUGGUGGACAGCCGCUUCGUGCUGAAGAUCACAGAUUAUGGUCUGGAAACUUUCCGCAAGGAGAACAGUUUGGAGGAUCUGCACGCUUUCUAUGCACGCAAGCUGUGGACGGCCCCCGAGCUUCUGCGUGCCGACAACCCACCUGCAUGUGGAACACAAAAGGGUGACGUCUACAGCUUUGGCAUCAUCCUCCAGGAACUCGCCCUGCUGAAGGGCGUCUUCUACCUGGAAGGCCCCUGUCUCAGCCCUAAAGAGAUCAUAGAGCGUGUGGUGGAGGGCCGGUGGCCGUACCUGCGUCCGCUGCUGUGUCCUCAGAGCCACAGCGAUGAGAUGGGACAGCUGAUGCAGCGCUGCUGGUCAGAAGAUGUCAACGAGAGGCCAGACUUCAACCAGAUUAAAGUACUGCUCCGCAAGAAUAACCGUGGAUAUGGUUCCAACAUCCUGGAUAACCUCCUGUCCCGUAUGGAGCAGUAUGCCAAUAACCUGGAGGAGUUGGUGGAGGAGAGGACGCAGGCAUACCAUGAGGAGAAACGUAAAGCUGAAGCUCUGCUCUAUCAGAUCCUCCCACACUCAGUGGCUGAGCAGCUGAAGCGAGGAGAGAUGGUGCAGGCAGAAGCCUUUGACUCAGUCACCAUCUACUUCAGUGACAUUGUGGGCUUCACCGCAUUAUCAGCUGAGAGCACACCAAUGCAGGUGGUGACGCUGCUGAAUGAUCUCUACACUUGCUUUGAUGCAAUCAUCGACAAUUUUGAUGUGUACAAGGUGGAGACCAUUGGCGAUGCGUACAUGGUGGUGUCAGGACUUCCCGUGAGGAACGGGAAACUGCAUGCACGAGAGAUUGCCCGCAUGUCUCUGGCUCUACUGGAGGCUGUUCACUCCUUUAGAAUCCGCCACCGACCCAGCCAGCAGCUCCGCCUACGCAUCGGCAUCCACAGCGGCCCCGUGUGUGCAGGAGUGGUUGGUUUGAAGAUGCCUCGGUAUUGUUUGUUUGGCGAUACAGUCAACACAGCUUCACGCAUGGAAUCCAAUGGAGAAGCCCUGAAGAUCCAUGUGUCAGAAGCCACACGGGCCGUACUGGAGGAAUUCAACUGCUUCCAGCUGGAGCUCAGGGGGGAUGUUGAGAUGAAGGGAAAGGGACGUAUGAGGACGUACUGGCUGCUAGGAGAGGUCAACUCCAACAAUGCCUAAAAACUGACUGACAGAGAGAAAGAGCUACAAAACAAACACAUCUAAACAAAUACUGGGGCAGUGUGGGACAAGGCAGCCCUUCACUGGGACGAAAGGAUGAAAGACUAAACUCGGAGAGUAAUGUUUCAAAACUGGGUCUUAUUCAUCUUUCAUCUCCCAAAGUUUCAUGUUAUUGCUUCAUGGGAAUGUCGCUAUGACAGGUUUUUGCCAAGUAAAUUCAAAAAGAAAAAACAAUACUUGAGCAGAAUCAUUUAGACAAAAGGACAAUAACAUAACACACCAUCAGAUCGGUGACUGUUAAGCUGAAUGUUUAAGCGCAGGACCUUCUGCUGGUGUGAUAUCAUACCCGUCCGGGUCUUGUAGAAGUUUUGAAUUUUGUUUUGUCAUGAUAGGUCUUUGUCCAGUUAAAAGCAGUCAUCAGGAGUCGUUUGGGUCUGUUUGUUGUCAUUCUUGUUUUUGGUCAUACAGAGACACAGAGCUGUAGUCCCUUUUUUUUUUUUUUUUUAGCCAUUUGAAAUGUUCUCGAUUCCUCCUCUGGGAUGCAGGUCAGUUCAAAAUUCUUCCAUCAGCCAAAACUGAUUCAGAGGGUUUUGAAGCACAGAUGAAAGUUACGCACAUAAGAGAAAUAAUAAUAAAUGUCAAGUAUGAUUAAGAAAGCAUAGAAAUGUGCAAUGAUUGAUUGUUCUCAGAGCUCAAGACCAUUUCCCUGCAGAAUUCCACAAGUAUUGGGUUACGUUUACAUGACAACAAUGUUCUAAAAAACGGAAAAGAUUUUCUUUUGCGUUUUUCGCAUGCAGAUGACAACUUUGUCAAAACUAACCACAUUCAUAUGGUAUUAACAUACGGUAUUAACACUGUAUUUCCUGCCAGGCCAGUAGGUGGCAAUGUCACUUUGUAAAGAAACACUACACGCCUAUAGACUGAACACAUAAUACACAUGUGCAUGACAUCAACGUUUUCACAAAUUCGUGUUUUUGUAGUUUACACAGAGACACCAUGAAACCCGUUUUUAAAAGUUUGUAUUUUCAGGCCCCCAAAACGCUGUUGUCGUGUAAAUGAACGACCAAACGCAUAAAAAGUUAUAAAAAACGGUGUUGUGUAAACGGCCCCUUGAUGUUGCAAUAGUGUUUCAGCUAAAACUAGCCCAGAGAUGUUCUUGUGUUCAUUUAAUAGCAGGAUUUACUUUCCCCUCAAAGUCAAGAAAUGACAACAUUUAACUUCCGUAAAGUGACAUUUCCAAAUGGAUCUUGAUUUUAUCCAUAAAGAUUGAAUUUAUUCAUUCCUGGUUUACUUUGAUGUUAUUGAUUAAUAUUUUUGCUGCAUUUAUGAAAUCUGAGAUCCCACUCUGAAUCAUUCACGGGCUUGGACUCAAACAAUUUUGGGGUCAGUAAGAUUUUUUUUAAAGAAAUUGAUACUUUUAUUCAACAAGGAUGCAUUAAAAUGAUCAAAAGUGACAGUAAAGAUAUUUUAAUAUUUUAUUUCAAAUUGUAAUAAUAUUUCACAAUAUUACUGUUUUUACUGUAAUUUUGAUCAAAUAAAUGCAGCCUUGGUGAGCAUAAGAGACUUCUUUUAAAAACCUUUUAAAAAAAAUCUUACCAGCCCCAAACUUUUGAACCGUAGUAUUAUGGCAAAACAUGUAACUACAUCACCUCUAUAUUCUCUUGCAAAAUAUUGAAGAACAAAGAAAGUGUGUGAUACACAGCUAUAAUAAAAUAACACCAGUAAUGAUGUAAACAGCUGAAUGUGUAGACAUUUAAAAUGUGUACUUCCUUUAAGUCGAAGCUGCUGCCAUUUUAAUUGUUUUUCCUAAAAUUCCAUGUUUCUAACUUGCAAUUAUGCGAACAACAAAUAUGUGAACAGUUUUCAGUAGCUGGAUAAUAAUUCAAUGAUAAUUCAACUACAUUCUGUUACAUUUUAAUGAAGGAUUAUGAAAACAUUUCUUCAGAAUGUGAUGAAUGUGGACAAGAGCAGGAGGAGUUAUACAGUAAAUGAGUACAUUUUGACUUCAAUAAGCAUAAUAUCUUUGUUAGGGAAAGUUGAAUCACAUGUACACAUCAUACACCUUUUAAUAUUUAUCAGCUCACAAUGUUUUGAAGAUCAUCUUCAUUAAAAUGCACUCAGUAUUUUCUGAUAACGUAUGAAACUUUCCGACCAACAACUUCCUGCUGUGCACGACAAAAUAUCAGCUAUGCCAAAUUCCAUCCUGUAUGAAGCAAAUGUAAGAUCAAGUUGAAUCACACAUUUCUUCUCCAUUCUGAAAGCUUUCACAGAUUCUGGUGUUUUAUAAGGUUUUAACUGCUCACCUCCCUGUGUCUAAGCUGAGAUAAUGAGGAUUUGGACAGAAACAUUUCCUGUUGCGAUGACACUGCUGAGCCAUCAAAUCUCACUGGGGUCAGAGUCAUCUGGGUUGGCUGUUACAUUUCAGUACAAUCCGAAAUCUUUGAUCCAUUUCCUGUGCCGAAGACUGCAUACAGUACAUCCUGAGAGGAAACAGUCCAACGAUUCUCUGAUAGCAUUAAAAGCUUAGGUAAUCAUGCUGCUCUAUUUUUGAAAUAAACAUGAAUGUCUGGGCCAGAUGUAAAUAAAUGCUGUGUUUUUCCCACAUCACUUAUCUUCUGCUGUGACAGCUGUCAGUCAAACUGUAGCAAUGCACCACGUGGACAUGAUGGCGGACGUCCUGUGUCAUGAGAUCCUGAGUGAUAAUGUCAGAUGUACAGUCUUUAAGAUGCAGCUCCUCUUGCUUUCCUGUUCGGAGGGCGUGAAUAAUGAUUGUAAUGUUUUAUCUGUCUUCUAUGUGUGAUUUGGAUAGCUGGGUCUGUGGGUGAUAUUGCUAUAUAUUACUACAAAGUCUUCAAGUGAAGUUCAAAUUGAUUAUUGUGUUUUUUAGUUAUGUUCGGGGGAGGUGGAUUGUGUAAAAUAAACACAUUAAAAACACUGA